GUAACUCUUCAGCAAUAACUCCAUGUAAAAAAUAAAUACAUAAUAAACGUUACUAAACAUUCGUAGGACGCGUUUCUUCCCUCCACACAACAUCUGAUGUGUGAGGGCCCUUCUUCGAUAUCUGGGCCAAUCCCCCCGGACCCUUCCCUGCUCCCGGAGUACUACAAACGUCCUGCCUCUGCCUGUGGUCGUUUAGAGGGAAAUCGCAAUGAGAGUUUGGCCCUGCUCUCAUGCUCUCUUGCCCCAGACCCAGUGUUGUACCCUGGCAGCAACAGCUCUCGUGUCCCUCCCCAUCCACCCCGCAUCAGUCCUAAUGCUGCCCACAUCCUGGAACGUGGACAGAGGGGGGUUGUGGGGACGCUGCUCAAACUGGAAGGGGUGUCCUUCACCCCUAAUUCCCCCAAACAAAAACAGCUGAUACGGGACUAUGGUAAAGAAAAUGUACGUCGGCUCAGGGAGAUCCAGAGGCGCUGCAAAGAGCAGGAGGCUGAGCGAGAACUCUCCCGCCCUGUCCCAGUCAAAGCUCUCUGGAGCUCCCCCAAAUACCAGGAUGUCCCAUCAAGGGUUAUGGCCCAGCCACAGAAAACAAGCCUGCCUAUGAAGCCACAAUGCCAAAACUUUCUAAGGGCUCACUCGAAGUGUGGGUCUGCUGGCCCACCUAGGCCACAAGGCAGUGCCUCUCCCUCUGCUUUGCAGCACCCUACCUCCUGCAAUUCUACAGGGGACCAGAACACAGUACAGUUACAGAUCCAAGGUAAAACUAUAGAUUUCAUAAACUACAACGCCAGAGCAGCAGGAAAGACUGCACUGCGUCGAUGCAAAUCACUGACGAACCUCAGAGAUAAGCCUGUGCCCAGUGCAGUUAAAGGACAGGUGCCACAGUAUCUUGAGGAGAGGAAAGAACAAUGGCGAAGAGAGGCGGAAGAGAGGAGAAGGAAUAUCCCCGAUCCAACUGUCCCUGCUGGUCACACACUGAUGCCAGAGAGUGAGAGACAGACUACACUGCAGUCCCUUCAAAAGAGCCACCAGUCCCUGGUGGGUGAGCUGCUCAGUCUCCCAGUCAGGACAGAUACUCUAAGCAUUCGCUCCCGUCGUGCUGAUCUAGAUCGCAAGCUUUCUGAAAUGGAGGAAGCCAUCAAGAUCUUUUCGCGGGACAAAGUAUAUGUCAAAAUAGAUUCAUAAUGUUCAUUCUUUCUUCUUUGUGUUUUACCUGCUUUUGAAUAGUAUUCAGCCCCUGUAGCACUUUGUGGUGAAAAGUGUUUUAAGAGUAAAAUGCAUCAUUACUUUUUUAUUGAAGUUAUUUGAAGAAAGACAUACCUGGGUCAGUACUAUCUGCUGAGCAUAGAUCCCGUUUUGGUUUGAUGUUACACAUAACAUUACUCUGAAGCUUGAAAUGUAGACAAUGAACAAUGUUGUUUUAAAAAUUUUAAAUGAGAUUUGAAAUGAAAAUCUAGAUUAUGAAUUGAAAUGAUUGAAUAUCAUGUGGUGUCGAGAUGCUACUGAAUGCUACCCACUGGAAUCACAAAAAACUUUGCUGCUAGAUAAAUGAAGAAGAAAAUAAACGAUGUACUGUAAACCAAACACACCAGGUACAUACAUUAAUUCAGAAAACAAGGUAAACAUGUUUUAAAUUAUAAUUGUUCAAGUAUAAUCAUCAUUGUAUCAUGGUGUUUAUUUUGUCUAAAAUGACUUUC